CCUUCUCAGCUGUCAGCUGUCAAACCACCUAAAAUAAUUGGGUCGCACCAAAAUUUCUAAUAGUAACAUUUUCGAUGGUUUAAUUUAUUUUAAAAAUUCUAAUGAUUGGCUAACAGAGUGCAGAGAAGAAACUGAAUCAAUAAAUAAGUCAUAAAACCUUUGCAGCAUAGCGAGAACCGCUGCAAACAAAAAGGAAAAUCAGAAUUGGAAUACUUCAGAGGAAGGUAGAUUGUAGCAAAAGGGUCGGCAAUAUGUCGAACCUAUCAGUGGGACAGAUGAUAAUGGACGCACAGCGUAUGGCCAGUCGUGUUAAAGAUUUGGAUGCGCUGGGCACAGCACUGUUGGAAGAGGCAGAGACCAAUAAUCGUCUGGUUGAAAGCUUGCGUCAAUAUCAGGAGGAUAUUGAGUCACUUAAUCGAGUUGCAAAUAACAAGACGAAUGCGGACAUGGUCAAUCGCAUACAGCAACAGAAUGUUAACAGCUCUGAGAUCCUGAAAGAAAAUCGUGAGCUUAAAAUCUGUAUUGAGGACUAUGAGCGAGCCAUGGAACUGAUGAUGCAAAAGUACAGGGAACACACAGUGACCAAGGUGCUGGACAACAAAUUAAAUUUCAAAGAGCUGUACAACGAACGCCUUUGGCAGGUGAUACGCGAACAGCGCGAAAAAAUCAACGAAAUGGCAGCAGUCAUGCACCGCGCGGCCACUGCGGAUGACGAAAAUGUUCAGCGGGAACUGCAAACGAUAUCACAGCUGCGUAUGGAGAACGAAACGCUGCGCGAGCUGCUGCAAAUUUCCAAGAAGUACGGCUCAGCACAGCGGCCCAUACGCGAGAGCGAUCAUCUGCUUGAAGAGAAGGCGGUGCAAACGGAUAAUCAGGCAGAUGACUCUGCCGACGAUCUGUCCAUAUCGGGUGCUUCGGUAGAAAACAUGAACAACAAUUCAGUCAUACAAAUGUACAGCAGUCAUGAGGUGAUCACCAGCACAAGUAAUACCAGCAAUAACUUAGCAAUCACUGCCUCAGUAAAUGCGCUUAGCGCAGCUCAGCUAAUCAACACAGUUGGUGAAACUAUCGAUGCUGCUGUUCCUGUUGCUGCUGCAGCUGGUGGGAAUACAUCAGAGCAUACUAACGCCAAUGAGAAUAAUAAUGAACCUGCUGUACAGGGCACGCCAGAAACGCCAGCCAAGCCAAGCCAAGCGGCGGCGGCAGUAGCGGGAGCGGCAGCACCGACGGCAACGUCAACGGCAUCAACAUCAACGACGACACCGAACGAUGUAGAGGACGAGCACACGCUCCCAGUUGUUGGCGGUGCCGUUGUUGUGGUUGGUGCCAACGCAACAUGAUAAGUGCUGAUUAUACAGCAUUGUCUGGAUUGCAUUGUCACGUGUCAUCAUCUCCAGUCAGUCAUUGUCUGGUUUGCAUUGUCAUUUGUCGUCAUCAUCUCCAGUCAAUCAUUGUUAAUUUUUAUUCGCUUAACAAACACGUAUUUUAUUUCCGGCGCAAAGCACUCAUCAAUCAGCACUCUAUUAACAACAGAUAUAAAUACACACACCCGAACACACACAUUACUCUGCAUUAGCUCAUAGCGACUAAUAAUCUCUAAGUAAUUUAUACAUGCAUACAAUCUAACGUCUGUGCCAAGCGCAACAGAACGUUUAUCAGAAAUCUUGCACUCACUCACACUCUAUAAUCCAUGUUGUACUCUGUCGACUUAUUAUGAUUUUUUAAUAAAUGCCAGAAUAGAA